UACAGUUGAAACACGGCACAGAGGCUGUCAGAUGUACAAACCGUGAAAUAGCACCAUACAUUCAUGUUUCAUUGACACGCAUAGGUCGUCAUUGCCAUCACCUUCCUCUCCGUUACCUAUAGGUCAAUCAAGGCCGUCUUCUAACACAACCUUGUCAUCCUUCACCUACUCGACGUGAUUGGUCGCACCUUCAACUCCAUCCACCUCCAUCAAAACAAGAACGCCAUUUUGACAGAAUCUUUCAUCUUCUUUCUUGGACGGCUCGUGUAUACUUGACUUUCCCUUCCUCACCACCGCAAUCAAGAUGAGAAUCGCUGCUGCUGCUUUCAUAAUCGCCUCGGCCGCCUCUCUAGUCGCAGGUCAAGGAUCAAGUUCGCCUUUUGGUCCAUUGACAACAAAUAACGGAAUCUCAGCUUGCGUUCAAUAUGGAAGUUGUACAGAAAGUGGUGUAUCAUUCGCAUCAACUGAAACACAACAAUCUCCAAUCACACCUCCCGCUUCUUCCGUUCAUUAUGCUCAACCGACAAACGCUGCCGAAUCUUCUGCUUCAAUUGCCGCUUUAGCUGCUUCAGGUGCUUCGGCUGCUUAUGCUUCUCGUGUUGCCCAUGGUCAAGGUUCUGGAGGUGCAGCAGAUGGUGCUACAACACCAGUUGAUACCGCAAGUGUUAUCGCCGGUACCCCUCCUGGAACAGUUACAGCUCCCGCAAGAACUGGAUCUUCAGAUGGAGCGGCUCGAUUGGAUGUAGGUUAUACUGGUCUUUGGGCAAGUGCUUUUGCAAUCGUUGGAAUGGCUUUGGGUGGUGCAUUUGUGUUGUAGGGUUAUGGAUGGCAUGUCUUACACAUCUCAAAGUGUUUCCUUUCGUCUUCUCGUGAGGAGAGAAUGCAUACCCAUCCAUUGGUUUCUUUGCCAUUCAAAAAAGUAUAUCCUACUCUUCUCUCAUUCUUAUCUUUAUUAUUAUCUCUAAUUGCACUUUGACUCUCUCUCUCUUUUAUUCGGCAUCAGCUUCACCUUUUCAAUGAAGAUAUUUG